ACCAGAGAGAUGACAUUUACAGCUUACCAGAGCCCAAACGCAUGCCCAAACCCACCAACCAUCAACGUUACAUUGAAGCAAGCUUACAAAUCUCUCCAUCUCUGAGUCAGACCAUCAACCCUUUUCCAUUUUUCCUUUAAUCCAAACAAACAAGCCAACCCAAUUUUUGUGGGUUUCGUUUGGUUGUCGGCAGCAGCAGCCUUUCCCCUCAAAACAUCCUUCUCCAACUGUUCACCAUCAAUUCAUUCAUUCUCUGAAUCGCUCUCAUUCACCACCACACACUCCUGACAACACGCUCAUUUCCCCACACAAAUCACCAAAAAGUUCCAAUUUUCAAUCCUCCCCUGUUUGUUUCUACUUGGCAAAAAGGUUGCCCUGUUCUCCAUUCUCUAGUAGUGGGUGUUCACUUUCAUCAGCAGCGGAGGAGAGAUCCAUGGCCAGCAAAGCUUUGUUUUGAGCUUUGACAACCCACCAGAAAGAUAAAAUUAAACGAAAAUAAAGAGAGAGAGCGACAGUGAUCGGGUGAAUCAAAUCUAGAGAGAGAAGGGGGAAACUGCUAUUUUCAGCUACCAUCCUUCCUUCCUUCCCAACUUCCCAAGUCAAUCAAAGCUGUCACACUCGAUACUGGCUGUACUCCACUGCAUCAACCCAUAAUUUGGUUGGCAUUGGAGGUGGAAUUGGAGUGGGGAAGGGGUGAGAUUCAGCGCCAGCCGCAGUGAGCAGCGGAGCUGAAGAAGCAAUGUUGGUCCAGGACCGUUUACCGGCGUCGCCGCCUCCGCCCAAAUCGCCCAAAUCCAAAUCCAACUCCAAAUCGCAACUGCCCACCACCGCAUUUCACCACCCAAUUUCCGGCCGCCGAUUCUCUCCAGCCAAAUCGCUCGACUUCUGCACUUGGUUCUCCGACAAUCUCUACAAGAUCGUCACAAUCGUGUUCCUCGUCGCCACCGUCGCUGCCCUCUUCUUCCUGCGCAACGUCGGCGACACCUCAGCUUUCCUCUACUUCCAAUCGAAGUCUCACUCCAUCGAGAAAACCCUUCACCGUCCUCACAUCGACUGGAACAACGUGCCUACCUUGAGAGAUACUUCCACUCCUUACGCCAAUUUCCGCACCGAGAAGUGGAUCGUGGUCUCCGUCUCCGAUUACCCUUCGGAUUCUCUCAAGCAGCUCGUCAAGAUCAAGGGAUGGCAGGUGCUUGCUGUUGGCGAUUCCUCGACUCCCUCUGACUGGUCAUUGAAAGGUGCCGUAUUCUUGUCCUUAGAGCAGCAAGCUACUCUGGGUUUUAGGGUUGUUGAUUACUUGCCCUUUCGUUCUUAUGUGAGGAAGAGUGUUGGGUAUUUGUUCGCCAUUCAACAUGGUGCCAAGAAGAUCUUUGAUGCCGAUGAUCGUGGGGAAGUCAUUGGAGGUGAUCUAGGGAAACAUUUCGAUGUAGAUUUAGCUGGGGAAGGAGCUAGGCAUGAACCCAUUUUGCAGUACAGUCAUGAGAAUGUGAAUAGGUCUAUAGUGAAUCCAUAUGUCCAUUUCGGGCAGAGAUCGGUUUGGCCUAGAGGAUUGCCAUUAGAGAAUGUGGGAGAAAUUGGGCAUGAAGAGUUCUAUACUGAGGUCUUCGGGGGGAAGCAGUUUAUCCAACAAGGUAUAUCCAAUGGAUUGCCUGAUGUUGAUUCAGUGUUCUAUUUCACCAGGAAAGCCGGUUUGGAAUCCUUCGACAUUAAGUUCGACGACCAUGCCCCCAAAGUAGCAUUGCCUCAGGGGAUCAUGGUGCCUGUAAAUUCAUUCAACACAAUUUACCAUUCAUCUGCAUUUUGGGGGUUGAUGCUUCCUGUGUCAGUAAGCACAAUGGCAGCUGAUAUCUUGAGAGGUUAUUGGUCCCAAAGGCUGUUGUGGGAAAUAGGUGGAUAUGUUGUGGUUUAUCCUCCUACAGUGCAUAGAGAUGAUAGGAUUGCGGGUUACCCUUUCUCAGAGGAGAAGGAUCUACAUGUGAAUGUUGGUAGAUUGAUUAAGUUCUUAGUUGCUUGGAGAUCAACAAAGCACCGAUUGUUUGAGAAGGUUUUGGAUCUGAGCUUUGCAAUGGCUGAGGAAGGAUUUUGGAGUGAGCUGGAUGUGAAGUUCACUGCUGCUUGGCUUCAAGACUUGAUUGCUGUUGGUUAUCAGCAGCCUAGGUUAAUGUCACUGGAAUUGGAUAGGCCAAGGCCUACGAUUGGUCAUGGAGAUAGGAAGGAGUUUAUUCCUCGUAAAUUGCCAUCAGUCCAUCUAGGGGUUGAGGAAACAGGAACAGUUAAUUAUGAGAUCGGCAAUCUGAUUCGAUGGAGGAAGAAUUUCGGAAAUGUCGUGCUGAUUAUGUUCUGCAGCGGGCCGGUUGAGCGGACCGCAUUGGAAUGGAGAUUACUCUAUGGACGGAUAUUCAAAACUGUGGUGAUUUUCUCAGAGCAGAAGAAUGAGGAUCUUGCUGUUGAGCAAGGGCAUCUGGACCAGAUGUACAAGAGGUGUGCGACGUUAACAGAGGAGGCUGCGACCGACGGACGCGACUGGCCAUUAGCAGGGCAGUUCGUGCGAACCAUAGACUCGCAUCGACAAGCCAAACCAACACCAUCAAUCACCACGGUAACGUCUGCAACGCCAUCAUCGAUUCAUCGCCAAACCAACAACAUUGAUGCCACCAAACUGUCUUCACCACCGCCCAAGGCUGCAUCCAGAUCUGUUCGAAUUCCACAGACCCCGCGAAUCGAUGGCUGGAAGUUUAGAAAGAAAGAAUCGGUAGAAGACUUGCAGCCGAAGACGAAGGCGAUGGUCCGCAGGGUGGUUUCGCCUGCACCCCCAAUCGCGCAAAUAGAACAACAAUCUGACAAGACGUUGUCGCCGGGAAAAGAAUUGGAGUCCAUGCUGGGCGAUCAAAAAAAGGAAUUAUCAGGAAAAAUGAUUGUUACGGUGGAUCGGGUCAAAGGGUUGGUGAGGGCGACGUCGACCAAGGAGGGGAAGAGGCGGAAGCCGAGGCCAACAGCGGACCGGCUGCCUCCUAGCCGGGGGCGCUGUUCGUUGUCGAAGAAGAAGAAGGGGAGCCCGUCGCCGGAACCCCGAAUCGGGACAAUACAGCAAGGGUGGGCGGGUUCCUUCGCCUCGUUGACCAGAAGAGAGGAUGCGCAGCGAACACCGGUAGUCCCGCUACGGGCGACGUACGGGAGUGCUUCGAGCUGGGUUGACGACCAGCUGGCGAUUCGACUGCCGCUGGACAAGGAGGCUCAUCGAGCGAUGGGGGCUCCAGGUGUGGCGUCGAUCGACGCGAGGGCAAGGGCGAGGGCGAGACAGGAGCUUGGUGUGCCGCCUUGCCGUUGGGCGAACUUCUCGUCGCCGAAACCUAGAGCGCCAAAGAAGAAACCACCAACGAAGAGGAAGAAAGAAGCGCAGGGUCGCCGGGGUUCCUUAACGAAGUCGAGAAUCAGGCUAAUGGCGCCGCGAUGGGUGAUGUCAUCGUUGCCAGAAAGAAAGAUGAGUAGGCCAGAAGCUGAUGCAACUCUUAACCGCCGGCGAGACUGCUCGUCGAGAGAAAGGAAGAAGAAGGGCGAGGAGGAGGGCGGCGAAAAGCUCCAAAUCGCUCGCGGAACGCGGCGAUUGGCGACGGGUUCGGUUGCGCCGCCGAACAUCGAGGUGAGGUGGCCGGAAUCGGGCUGGGAUCGUCGUCGCCUGGAGGGUCGUUCGCCGUUGGAGGAAGAAACGGCGGUGAUGGUGAUGAAGAUGGCGGGCGGCGCGACGAAGAAGAAGGGCGAGGAGGAGGGCGGCGAUCUUCUUUCGCCAACAACCCUAGGCCCCGUUGCACAGUGGCCAGGCCAGCGGGCCGAAACCGUGGGCCGAGCUGCUGAUCGGGUCGCCGGAGCGGGUCGGGCCGUCUCCUCUGACGGACCAGAGCUAGGGCUUCUGCCCAGGUUGUUCAACCGGUUCAGCAGUGCAGAAGGUUUUCUGUUCCUUCAGGAUGAUACCAUACUUAAUUACUGGAAUCUGCAUCAAGCAGACAAGACUAAGCUAUGGAUCACUGACAAGGUAUCUGAUUCUUGGAGCAUUGUGGCACCUGAUGGAGAUUGGUUGACUAAGCAAGCUGGAGUGGUGAAGAAAGUUGUUGAUUCAAUGCCGGCUCACCUCCAAGUCAACUACAAAGAAGCCGUGAAGACCGAAAAUAGCCUGGUGCUCUGCAAUUCCGAGAUAUUCUACAUUCCUCAAAAGUUCGUCUCCGACUUUGUAGAUCUUGUUUAUCUGGUUCGUGAUGUCGGUCCAGUGGGUGGUAUGGAGAUGCAUCACAAGGUUGCCAUACCAAUGUUCUUUCUCUCAGUGGAUUCGCCUCAGAACUUCGACCCGAUCUUGAACACAAUGGUAUACAAGCAAACGCCUCCACCCAGCAAUUCGACGUUGUUCUCUGCCCAAGCACCAGCUGUACAUCCAUGGAGCGUAUCAUCCGAACAAGAGUUCAUAAAGCUCAUAAGAGUAAUGGCGGAAGGUGACCCUCUUUUAAUGGAGCUAGUCUGAAGAAAUUCCAAUUACUCACAUAUUAACUCCACCAUUUGUAAGAGAAGAAAACACCAGAAAAGGGAAGUGUAUUAUUAUUACUCUUGCAACUGUUAUACGAGUAUUCUUUUGUUCAUCUUUCAAUUUUUGGUUCCUCCUUGUAGUGUUCAUGUUGGUGCAGCAGGGUGUAGGGAGUUUCCAUUUCCCCAUUUUUGUAAUCUUGUCAGUCAGUUUGUAGAUUUACCCAAUGUACCAUUCUCUUUACUUCGUUAGGAACUCCAUGCACAUCUCUAGACAUUGCCUUGUAGCUGAAGAAACAGUGGAAAACAGCACACUUGUUUUCAGUUUGAAUCAUUCACUGAUCGAGAGCUGAUCAAAGUUCAUUCCUUCCUCAAGAUAUCGACAAUGUCUCUGGGCGAAAUCUCUUGCAAGAGCUGUUUAUGAACAAAUUUUACAAAUAGUUCUGGCGGGGAAGUUACAUGAUCACACAACACUCAACUCAUCUGGGAUAAUGCACAAUAGUAAUGUACCAGAUUCAACAAAGAGUUAAUGACUUUCAUUGCUGCAAUUCUUCGUCGUCUGCAGCUCGAAUCGGGAUCUUCCCUCUACCGAUCAACACCUUCGAUCUUGUCUUCCACUUCAGAGUAAAGCUGCUUCAACUUCUCAAUAUUCUCCUCAGUAGUUUCCCAGUACCCACGUCCAUUGGCCUCCAAGAACGUCUGCACCAAUUUCCUGAACGAAUUCGGGUUCAUGUUCAUCAACCUGUUCAUCAUCUCUUCAUCCUGAAUAAACGUAGUGUUAGCCUCUUCAUAAACCCAAUUGUCCACCUGCCCUGACGUGGCACUCCAUCCAACGGUGUUCGUCAGCCGCUUCUCGAUCUCACGGACGCCUUCGUACCCGCUCGACAUCAUCCCUUCGUACCACUUAGGGUUCAGCAGCUUGGUCCUCGCGUCCAAUCUCACCGUCUCCGACAGCGUCCGCACCUGCGCGUUCGCCGUCGUCGUGUCGGCGAUGUACGCGCUCGGCUUCUUCCCGUCCUUCCUCAGGCUCUGCACCAGAUUCGUCGGGUCCGAAUCGAAGUAGUGGCUGACGUCGGUGAGCGAGAUCUCCGACGAAUCUAGGUUUUGGAAAGUGGCGUCGGCGGUGCUGAGCGCCAUCUCGAACACCUUCUUCUUCUCCAUCAUCCCGGCGCCGGGGGCGUCGGAGUCGAACGCGAAGGAUUUUCUGCUCAGGUACAUGUCCUGCAGCUGCUUCUCGUCGUUCCACGUCGAGUUCUCGACGGCGAGGUUGAUGUUGGAGGAGUACGAGCCGGAGGCGUUGGAGAAUAUUCGAGUCGCGGCUUCGCGGAUGUCGAUCCCUAGGGUUUUCGAUUGCUCGAGGGCGUGCUUCCUCACGUAGUUCAUUUCUACAGGUUCGUCGAGCUCCGCCACCAUUUUCACCGCUCGAUCGAGGAGGUUCAUCUGGUUGAUGAAGAGAUCGCGGAAGACGCCGGAGCAGUUGACGACGACGUCGAUUCUCGGCCGGCCGAGCUCCUCGAGGCUGACCGGUUCGACUCGGUUGACCCGACCGAAUGUAUCGGCAACCGGUCGGACCCCGAUCAUCCACAAAACCUGACCGAGUGAUUCCCCGUAUGUUUUGAUGUUGUCUGUUCCCCACAGCACAAGAGCAACAGUUUCUGGAUAGUUCCCGCCAUUGUCGAUCUUCUGCCGCUCGAUCAGCCUCUCGACGACGACUUUCGCGCUCUGCAUUGCCGCUUCGGUGGGGAUCGAUUGCGGGUCGAGCGCGUGGAUGUUCUUCCCCGUGGGCAGCACUUUCGGGUUCCUGAUCGGGUCGCCACCCGGCCCGGGCUCCACAAACUUGCCUUCCAAGGCUUGUUUCAGGCUCCCGAGCUCGUUAUCGGCAACCACGAGCUUCAAGCAAUCUCCCAAGAACUGGAACAGGACGCGGAGCUUUUCCCGGUCAGCACGGUAGAACUUUGUGUUGGACAGGUACUGAAUCCAUGGCUCAUUGAUCCCGAAGCCUAGGAUCGAAGAUAGCUUGUUGCUUACGUCAACCACUUGGCCCUUGCUGUUGGUGGUCCUCUCCACGAAUGCCGAGACUGCACCACGAGAUGUAUCGGUGAUCUGGCGAAGAAGCUCCACAUCCUUCAAGAUCCCCUUGUCGCUGCCUCGAUACACGUCCUCCAUUUCUCUUCCAACUGUCUGGGCUAGUAUGGAUGGGAGCGAAGUAAUCCCCUCUUCAGGACGGUCAAGGGCAGCAAUGUUGACAAGUGUGGCAACAGCUUCCAUUGCAGAUGGUGGCUCACCAACGACGUGGAGCCCACAUGGCAAGAGGCGGGACUCGAUCUCCAUGAUCUUGGAGUACACUUUGCCAACCACGAGGUCCCUCUCAUUGGCUGAGAUCUCUGCUGCUUCAUCAGGCAGGUCUACAUCCUUGUCGAGAUUGCACUGCCUUGCCGUGCUGAUGAUGGUGCUCACAAUCUGGGGGCCGCGCCCGGUGUCUUUCAAAGAUUGGUACGAGGAAAUGAGCUCGCCCAAUUGCUUGAGACCCUUGUAGAGGCCAGCAUUCUCAGCCGGAGGAGUCAAGUAGCUUAUGGUGUUAGCAUAGCUCCUACGUUUCGCUAUGGUGGCUUCAGAUGGGUUGUUAGCUGCAUAGUAGUAUAUAUUGGGGAUGUUGCCAAUGAGACUGUCUGGGAAACAGGCAUCACUCAUCCCCACUUGCUUCCCUGGCAUGAAUUCAAGCGAGCCAUGGGUACCAAAGUGGAGCACCGCAUCAGCUUUGAAGACCUUCUCGACGAACGAGUAGUAAGCAGCGAAGCCAUGGUGUGGACUGGCGGAUUUGGAAAAGAGCAACCUCAUGGGAUCACCUUCGUAACCAAAUGUGGGCUGGACGCCAAUAAAGACAUUCCCAUAUUGCUUGCCAUAGACCAACAAAUUCUCUCCGUCGGAGUUGAGAUUGCCUGGAGGUUUGCCCCAGUUCUCUUCUAGUGCGGUUGCAUAAGGAGUGAGCUCCUGGUACUCUCGUACUCCCAUUUUGUACACUACAUUGAGAUUCGGGCUGCUGAACUGUGCCUCCUUGUCGUGCAGGAUUUCUUCGAUCAGGGCUUCCGAUGUCUCGGGGAGUCCCUCUACGUUGUAGCCGUCUUUCUUCAGGUCGCUUAGCACCGAAAAGAUUGAAGAGAAGACGUUGAGGUAUGCUGCUGUACCUACGUUGCCUUUGUCUGGUGGGAAACUGAACACGGUUAUAGCCAACUUCUUCUCAGCCUGCAUUAGCAUUACAUCCAUUAGUGGUGGGGGAGUUAAAUGACAAGGUUUCAUUGUCAGGAUUAGCAUAAUAAUACCUUUGACUUCCUCUUGAGUUCACCCCAUCGGAUUGCCCGAAUGCACAAUUGCUCCACCCUCUUGUGAAGAGCAUGAGACUUCCCUGAUAAACCCAGAUUCCAAACUUUCUUAGUUGAGCAACAAUGACUUAACUACAAAAAGGGAUUCAAGAUCAACAAAAGCCCCAAUCGAGUACCUGUUCUGGGAUCGCGGCCAGCGAAAACGAUAGGCUCCAUGCCACCAUCAAGCUCAGGAAGAGCAACUUGCAACGCCACCUGAAUGGGAUGAAGCCCCAAAGUACUGUUCAACCACUCCUCGGUGGUCUGAAACACGAGAGGCACCGCGACCAUAUAAGGCACGUCGAGCUUCAUCAGAGCCUCCACAGCUCGUGGAUGGUCCUGCCUCGCUGGACCACCAACGAGGGCGAACCCUGUCAAUGACACAACUGAGUUCACCAUCGGCUUCUUGGUGACCGGAUCGACGAAGUACUUCUCAACAGGACCUGAGAAGUCCAGCCCCCCAGCGAAAAUCGGUAUCACUUUCGCACCUCUGGCUUCCAUUUCCAUGAUCACAGCCACAUAGUGACCUUCAUCCCCUGUCACAAUGUGACUCCUCUGCAAAACCAGCCCAACUAUUGGAGCAUUCCCGCUCUUCAGCUUCUCAUUCGUGUCCCUCCUUGUAUCAUACCAGUUCAAGUACUCCUUCACAUCGUCGUACAUACAAGGAGCCAACGGGUGCCAGAUUCCAGUGUCGAGGAACAACACCGGAUCGGAGUACUCGACCUUCGUUCCCUUCAAUGCCGGAACGUAUGACCCGGAAAUCAUCUUCACAAAGUUCUGCAGGUUAUCAGGAGACCCUCCAAGCCAGAAUUGGAGACUCAAUAUGUACAGCCUCGCAUCCUGAGCUUUGUCACUGGGCAGAUACUUCAACACUUUCGGCAAAGUUCUCACCAGUUUCAACAUGCUGUCAGCAAAUCCAGCGCCUUGCUUCUUCCUCUUGAACAACUGGAAGAAGGGGCUCUUCGAUUGGCCGAGCUGUGACAUGCUGAAGGAUCCCAAUUUGUUCAGCCUCAUCACCUCUGGCAUGGAAGGGAAGACCAACACAGCAUCCAUUCUCUCCCUCUCCUUCUCCACGGCGGCCUUCACCUUCAGCGCGAGCUCCUCGACGAAGAUCAGCGACCCGAUGAAGAUGUUGGCGUCCUCGAGGUCCUUGCAGAAGGCUUCAUAGUUGUCUGGAUCACGCAGCUCCUCGACCAAGUAGCCAACGACCUCAAAAGACGCGAACUUGCUGGGGUCCCUGUUGAGGGACUGCACUGCGGCGGACAGGGAGGAUUGGUACUGAGCUUCCAGCACCACGUAGACGAUUUUCACCGUGGGGAGGUUGGAGUUCUUCUCCGGGACAAUUCGCCGGACUUCUUGCGUGGUCUGCGUGAACAGGCCGUUUCCUAUGGCGGAACACUUGAAUUUCAGUGCGGAUUUGCUGUUUGAUGAUGAUGGGUUUGUUUUCUUGGGGAGGAAGGAGUGGAGAAAGUAGUGCUUUUGGGAAAGCUGGUCUGAUUUUGUUGGUGGGGUGAUGAAGGAAGAAGAUAGCAAGGAAGCCAUUGUUGUUGUUGCACAGAGAUAGAGAGCCAGAUACAAAAACUCCUCUGUGGAAGGGAGGAUGAAGAGAAUGAAAAAUGUAAGUGGGUUCAGUGUAUAUAAUGUGUUGUUUUCUGGUUCAGUGAAUGAACCCACCAGAGAGUUUUGAGAACCCUUCUUCUUCUCCUUUGCUCGAAGAAGUUAAAGAGGUCAUGCCUUUAUAACUCUGCUACUGAAAGGAGCAGAAGGGGAGGUGGUGGUUAAUAUGGUUAGUGGUGGGAGGGAGGGACACGUGGCGAAAUGGGUAGUGAGGGGCCUAUGAUUGGAGGAAACAGGGACUGGUUUCUGAGGUUCUGGUUCGAUUUUGGGGAAAGUUUGCAGAGAGUGGAGAGUGUGUAAUCUAUCUGCUGGGGUUAUGGCGAUGGAGUUUGCUGGAUUCUGAUUGGGCGAGUUGGAUUUCCCCUUGCUUACUUUUACAAGGGUGAGGUGGAAAUUUGGAAUGGGGAUGAUGCUGAGGUGGAGGAGAGAGAGAGAGAGAGAGAGGGAGAGAUUUUUCAUUUCUGGUUGAAAGCAUAUCAUUGUCAGUUUGUGAAGCUUUUGAAGGCCAUG